UCAGUGUAGCCCCAGCAGUGCCACCUGUCAGUGCCCAUUAAUGCCAGCUGUCAGUGCUCAUCAAUGCCACAUAUCAGUGCCUACCAGUGCAUAUCAAUGGCACAUAUCACUGCCCAUCUGAGCUGCCUUUCAGUGUCACCUAUCAGUGCCAGUGUCAGUUCCACCUAUCAGUGCUGCCAAUCAGUGCCACCUAUCAGUGCCAUGCCCAUCAGUGCCACCUAUAAGUGCCCAUCACUGCAGCCUAUCAGUGCCAAUCACUGCAGCCUCAUUAGCGCAGAUCAGCGAAGGAGAAAAAUCACUUAUUUACAAAAUUUUAUA